CCUCCCCCCGGAAGAAAGGUGAGUGUGUGCACUCAAAAGGUAUUUUGUGGGUCUGGUGCGUUUUCCCAACGAACACGCCCAAAUAGAUUAGAUAGAUAUAUAGAACCUGGGGGGAGAUCCAGCGUCUCAUUGUGGUGAAUGCCUGUGCGAUGUCAAUCCCAGCCUCCCAUUGCAAUCUCGAUACGUGUGACACGCAUACAGAUGAUGGAUAAUCUGUAAAAAAAAAGUGUAGGAUAUCGAUUCUCCGCUGGGAUUUACAAUACACGCUGGUUUUACUUUGGGUGCACAGUAGCUGAGAUCACAAGGGUCAGUUUGUCUCUAAAUACCUUGGACUGUCUCUGCCUGGGACUCUGAUCAACAAGUAAGACAAGCACGAAAAGAAUUGCACCCGCCACACAAAACUCUACAACAUGAACCGAAAAACCAGGCGCUGGCUCUUUCACAUUUUCCUCUGUGUGGGAAUCGUGUAUCUUAAAAUAGGCGGAUUCUCCUCGGUGGUGGCGCUGGGAGCGAACAUUAUCUGCAGUAAGAUACCAGGACUGGCACCUCGUCAGCGGGCGAUCUGUCAGAGUCGUCCAGAUGCCAUCAUCGUUAUCGGAGAAGGGGCUCAGAUGGGAAUCAACGAGUGUCAGUUCCAGUUCCGAUACGGCCGGUGGAACUGCUCCGCACUCGGCGAAAGAACCGUCUUUGGCAAGGAGCUGAGAGUUGGAAGCAGAGAAGCAGCCUUCACUUAUGCUAUUAUUGCUGCUGGAGUAGCUCAUGCCAUUACUGCUGCAUGCACCCAGGGAAACCUGAGUGACUGUGGCUGUGACAAAGAAAAACAGGGCCACUACAAUCAGGAGGAAGGAUGGAAAUGGGGAGGCUGUUCUGCAGACAUCAGAUAUGGAAUUGGAUUCUCCAAAGUGUUUGUAGAUGCACGAGAAAUCAAACAAAAUGCCAGGACACUUAUGAACCUGCACAACAAUGAGGCAGGGCGCAAGAUCCUCGGAGAAAAUAUGAAAUUAGAAUGCAAAUGUCAUGGAGUGUCUGGAUCGUGUACCACUAAAACAUGCUGGACAAUGCUUCCCAAAUUCAGAGAACUGGGCUACAUCCUGAAAGAGAAAUACAAUGAAGCAGUUCAAGUUGAACCAGUAAGGACGCAUCGAAACAAGCGACCAGUCUUCUUGAAGAUUAAAAAGCCACUUUCAUAUCGUAAACCAAUGGUUACAGACUUAGUGUACAUUGAGAAAUCUCCUAACUACUGCGAGGAGGACCCAAUCACCGGGAGUGUUGGGACACAGGGAAGAAUGUGUAACAAGACAUCCUCACAAAAUAACAGUUGUGAUUUGAUGUGUUGUGGACGAGGAUACAACACUCACCAGUAUUCCAGAGUCUGGCAGUGCAACUGCAAAUUCCACUGGUGCUGUUAUGUCAAGUGCAACACCUGCAGCGAAAGAACAGAAGUUUAUACAUGUAAAUGAAAUUGAAUCUUUUAUAAGGAGGAGAGUCAUACCCUCCAAAGAAAAUAUUCCUAAAUUUGCACAUGAUCUCAAUCUAGUGGCUGUGAGUUUGCAAAUAAUGUCUCGCUUUCCUAUAGAAUGCAAAAGCUUGAGGAUCCCUGUCCGAUAAUGUUACCAGAUUGAUGAGCCUAGCUGGAUUACAAAGAAAAGCACCUGUUGCCAUCUCCAUAAAUAUACCACACAGAAUUCAAAUACAUAAACCCUAUUUCAAUUAGUGCAUUGAAAUAAGUCCAGGUCUGUACAGAAAAUGGCACAAGGUUGAAAGAGCCAUAGUGAAAUUAGCAGUAACUUGGCUUGAAAAAAAAACCCCUUUAAAUGUGGACUAUAAACAGGACAGGGUUGACAAUGCCCCUGUGAGAAUUUCUGCUUUGAGUGUGGAUUAUGCAGAUUUAGGUUUCUGCAUUUGUGAAAAGCUUCUGCUUGUCUUGCCUGUCUGGAUCUCACAGGAUUUGCUACAGCAAGUAUUACUGUUUUCAGUUUCCCAUAGACACUGACUUAUCAGCUUUUUCUUUUCUGCCACAUUUUUUCACAGCCAUUAAGAACACCAUGGUGGACUGGGGCACUUGGACAUAAUGACUGACUAUACCAGCAACAUUAAGUAAAUAGUAACGACAAUAUUUAACAAUAUAUUUAGAGAAAAAGAAACUAAUAUUAAUUUAUUUAAAAAGAACUUUACUUGGGAUACUUCCGCAAAAAAAGUUUUACUUUCUUUGUGGAAUAAUUUCUUUAGAUACAGCAAGAAUUGGAUUUGUUUGGCUGUAUAUUUUAGGUUUUGCUCGGAUAUUUCUAACAGCUGUUUGCAGGAAUGUUUUGUGUCCUGCAGCAUCAGGCUUUUUACUGACAAAAGCAGGCAUCUUUUGUAAAUCUUCUGCUGUUUUGCUGCUAGUUGUCUGGAAAAUCAAACUGGUUGUGAUCACUUAAACUACUGUAAAAACUUGAUUAUUUUUCAGUUUGAAAUUUGAACUAAUUAUGAACCAUUUGAACUAAAGAUUAUCAAAUUUGAUACUCCAGACAAAUCCCAUCAUGUGGAAAAAGGAACCAUAGGUUAAGAGAAUAUAUUUUGUAAGAGACUAUUUUUAUAUGAAUAUUUUAUUUAUACUGUUUCUGCUUGUAUAACUCUAUAACCAGUACUUUUCUUAAAACAGGCAUAAAAGCUGUGAUUAUUUGUAAUAGAUCUGAGGGAAUUUAAUAGCAUUAAGACUGAUUUAGUUUAUGGACAGAACAGCAGCAAGCUGGAUAGAUUCAGAUUCAAAUGGUAGAUGCGUCAAAAAUGCACAAUGAACUUUCUUAGAUUAGUUCUAUCCGGAUGUGUGUGUACAAACUGGCUCAUUAUUGCAUUUCAAACUGCAGAACAUGCAAAACAAGAACAGGGUAUGUAGCAUCAAUUUUGUUAGUUGGCUUGAAUUCAUGAUUGGUAUUAACUGGAUACUCAUUUAUCCCUUUCAGAAAAAAAUUGAAAUUGCUUCCCGCAUGCGUCAGUCAUUAAAAUGUGGGGUUAUGACUAGCAAAUGUGCUGUGUGUGCUUUGAGAUAAAGCUCCAUAUUG